UGACUUGACCCUGUGAUCUGUUUUGUAGACGAGUUCAGGCGUCUGUGUAUCGUUGGAGUUGCCCAAGGACACGGCCUCCCUAACGGCUACCCCAACAUACACUUCCCCAACGGCAACGGAAACGGAAACGGCAAUGGCUACAACUACAAUGGCUACAAGUAUCCUGGAGUUCCUAACGGUAACGGCAACGGAGGCAUCGGGGGCAACGGAGGAAGCUUUGGAGGAAACGGAGGAAGCUUUGGAGGCAAUGGAGGAAGACACCAACAUAUAGGCUCGGUUUCUGUGAAUGAAUCCAUCGACGUGUGCAAACAUUUCACCAACCUGUGUCUGAACGGACGCUGCAUCCCCACCCUGCAGAGCUACCGCUGCGAGUGCAACAUGGGAUACAGACAGGACGUCCGCGGGGAGUGUAUCGAUGUGGAUGAGUGUGUGAGUAAUCCGUGUGUCAACGGAGACUGUGUCAACACACCUGGAGGAUACCAGUGCAAGUGCCAUGAGGGUUACCAGGGAACCCCCACGAAACAGGCCUGCAUGGAUAUUGAUGAGUGUAUUGUGAACGGAGUGAUGUGUCGUAACGGCCGCUGUGUGAACACCGAGGGAAGCUUCCAGUGCAUCUGCAACGCCGGCUUCGAGCUCACUCCUGACGGGAAGAACUGCAUGGAUCACGAUGAGUGCGCCACCACCAACAUGUGUCUCAAUGGCAUGUGUAUCAACGAGGACGGCAGCUUCAAGUGUAUCUGCAAACCGGGCUUCGCUUUAGCACCUAACGGACGCUACUGCACAGAUAUCGACGAGUGUCUAACUCCUGGCAUUUGUAUGAACGGCCGCUGCAUCAACUCCGAGGGCUCUUUCCGCUGCGAGUGUCCUCCAGGCCUGGCCAUCGAUGUGGAUGGGAGAGUGUGUGUGGACACACACAUGAGGACCACCUGUUAUGGCGCCAUUAAGAUGGGCACAUGUUCUCGACCGUUCCCCGGUGCGGUCACCAAGUCUGAGUGCUGCUGCGCUAACGCUGAACAUGGCUUUGGAGAGCCCUGCAAUCCCUGCCCCUCCAGAAACUCUGCUGAAUUCCAGGCUGUUUGCAGCAGUGGUAUCGGCAUAACAGCUGAUGGCAGAGACAUCAAUGAGUGUGCCUUGGACCCAGACAUUUGUCAGAACGGCAUCUGUGAGAACCUGAGAGGAAGCUACCGCUGCAUCUGUAACAUCGGAUAUGAGUCUGACACCAGCGGCAAGAACUGUGUUGACAUCAACGAGUGUAAUGUGAACCGUCUGCUUUGUGACAACGGACUGUGCAGAAACACCCCCGGCUCCUACACCUGCUCCUGUCCUAAAGGAUUCAUCUUUAAACCUGAGUCAGAGACCUGCGAGGAUAUCAACGAGUGCGACUCCAGCCCCUGCAUCAAUGGAGCGUGUCGCAACGUGGCCGGGUCCUUCAACUGUGAGUGCACCCACGGGAGCAAGCUGGACUCCACCAACACCAUCUGCGUGGACAUGAGGAAGAGUGUGUGUUACCGAAACUACAACGACACGUGUGAGAACGAGCUGUCCUUCAACAUGACCAAGAAGAUGUGCUGCUGCGCCUACAACGUGGGGAAAGCCUGGAACAAACCCUGCGAGUCCUGUCCCACUCCGGCCACCACUGAGUACCAGUUGCUGUGUGGGAACCAGGCUCCUGGCUUCAUCAUCGACAUCCACACUGGAAAGCCCGUCGAUAUUGAUGAGUGCAGGGAGAUCCCCGGCAUCUGUGCCAACGGGGUGUGUAUCAAUCAGAUCGGGAGCUUCCGCUGUGAGUGUCCGAUGGGCUUCAGCUACAACAACAUCCUGCUCAUCUGUGAAG